CGGAUUUGUAUUGGUCACAUUUCUGAUUACGUGCCGAACGCGGAACUGAGGCGCUUCUGAUGUGAUUUGAUCAAGAUGAUCGGGGAUCUGUUGAUAUUCGGGACUUUACUGGUGAAUGCAGGGGCUGUGCUGAACUUCAAGCUCAAAAGGAAGGAGUCGCAGGGAUUUGGAGAUGACUCUGGAUCACCAACAACAGGGGACAACAUCAGAGAGUUUCUGCUCAGCCUGCGGUACUUCCGGAUCUUCAUUGCAUUGUGGAACAUCUUCAUCAUGUUCUGCAUGAUCCUAUUGUUUGGAUCAUGAUCGUGUGUGGCCAGUGGACUUCCUCCAAGAUGCUUCCCUUUCCAGAUGGAUGCUGUCAGCUUCUCCUUAAUGUCCUUUUUCUGUUUCUUUGACCCUUUUACUAGUAAUUAUACUCCUUUUGGUUUACAACCCUUUGUGCUGUACAGGAAUUUAUGAAUGGCUGUAUUUAUUCUUCUCUUGUUACAUUUUUAUUUUUAUUGAUUUUUCUUUAAGUGUAACACCUUUGCUGGAAACGUGUGGUUUUGUAGUUAGUGGUAAAGGAACACCAGAAACAUUGUUUUAUUCCUUUUUCCUGCACAGACUCAGUUCAUCCAGAUUCCACAGAAAAAUCUGCAUCUGAUUUGUGAGUUAUAAAUAGGAUUAUUUUACUCACUUAUGUGUUUGUUUUCAACUUCUUAGGGGGAAAAAUUGUGCUAUUUUCUUUAUUCUGCAGCACAUGUGCUGUAAUUAAAUGUAUAUUCACUGUAAAUGUGACCCUAUUC